AUGUGGUCAUUUGCAACUGGACAAAAACCAUUUGCUGAGAAAGCGCAUGAUGUCUCAUUAGAAAUGGAUGUUUGUAAUAGGAUAAGACCAAAGGAAAUUGAAAAUGCGCCGAAAUGUUUUUCUGAUUUGAUGAAAAGAUGUUGGGCAUUUGAUACAAAAUUAAGACCAACAGCAUUCGAACUGAAUGAAACAUUUAUCGAUUGGAUGACUGAUAUAUAUGAGAAUCCAGCACCGACUGAAAUUAGUGAGGAAUUUAAUAACGCUGAAGAAAGAAGACUUGAUCCAACAAGUGAAGCCAAGGUAGCCGCAUUGGAGUAUUUAGCGAAACAUCUUGGAGAUCAUGUAGAAAAUGUAGUUAAAAAUAUUGAUCAAGUGUUGACAACAAUUAAUGACAUCAACCCAUCGCAGCUCAAUCUAAGACGUGAAUAA